AGACUUUGUCUAUUUUUAUAAAUUUUUUGUUUUCUCAUUUGCUACUAUUAAAAUGCUUUCAGUCUAGGGUUUUUGCUUGAGGGAGUGAUAGGGACCAAAUUGGUGAAGUCAUUUUUCCUCUGCAAAAUCUAGGGUUUCUAUAAGAUUUUCCAUUUUCAAGAUAAAUUUCAAAAAAAAAUUUCAACAAAAUCUUGUUUUUUCUCUUCACAUCAACUUGAGAUUUCACAUAACGGGAAAGAUCCUUUUCAGGAUCCUUGCUGGUAGUAAUAAUGUUUCUCCUAAUUUGAGAAGAUUAUUUCAGUUAUUCCCUUUCUAUUUUUGGAAACCUUUUACUCAUCUGGGUCUUUGUUGUUUGGUUUGUUGACAAUAAAAUCAAGUUUGAGUUCAGACAAACAUAUAUAUGUAUAUAUAUUUCCUAGGAUUCAAGCAGUACUUACCCUUUUCUGGGUUUCUCUUCUAGAAUUCAUUGUUCUUUUUGUUGUAGGAGUACCACUGUGAGAAAUGGUGAGAGGGAAAACUCAGAUGAAGAGAAUAGAAAAUGCAACAAGCAGGCAAGUUACCUUUUCAAAGCGAAGAAAUGGACUACUUAAAAAGGCAUUUGAGCUAUCAGUUCUCUGCGAUGCUGAAGUUGCUCUCAUCAUCUUCUCUCCCAGAGGGAAGCUAUAUGAGUUUUCUAGUUCUAGUAUGAACACGACCAUAGAACGGUAUCAGAAAAGAGAGAAGGAUUAUGGAAUAUGUAGCAAAGCAGCAUUAGAGGAAAAUAUGCAGAAUGUAAAGGACGAUGCUCACAGCAUGGCCAAGAAGAUCGAACUUCUAGAAGACUCUAAACGAAAACUCUUGGGAAAUGGAUUGGAACCAUGUUCUUUCAACGAGCUACAACUGUUAGAAAACCAGUUGGAACGAAGCUUAAGCCGAAUCAGGGCCAGAAAGAAUCAGUUGUUGUGGGAGCAGAUUGAGAAGCUAAAGGACGAGGAGAGACGCCUUGGAGAAGAAAACGCAAAGCUGCGAGAACAGUUCACCAUUUUGUUUUACGUCAGUGUGGAAUGCAGCCGCGACAAUCACCAGCAAGCCAAACGGAUGAACUCCACCACGUACAGAGCAUGGAGGUGGAGACGGAAUUGUUUAUAGGACCACCGGAGAGGAGGAGUACCAAAAACCCUAGUGUUAAUUAGUUGAUGCUUUAAUUAAUAAAGUGAUAUGAAGCUUCGAAGCUUUCGGAAGCUUCAAAUCAGGUACCCUUUUCUUCCUUUUACAUCUUGAGUUAUGGUGACUGAAUAAAUUGUUAAUAUUUAUAGUUAUCCUAACGAAAAAGAAAGAAAAGGGGACACGAAAUUAAGAAAAUUGUGUGAUUUAUCUUAAGAAUAUCAUGUAUGGAAGAGUUGUAUGUAAUUUAUCCGGAGAUUAUUUUUAUUUGUACUAUUUUACUCAAAAAUUGAAAAUACUCAACAAAAAGAAAAAAGUUGAGACUUUUUUAAUUUUUAAAAAUUAAAAUUUGUUUCAUAUA